AUCAUCUCAUCAUCCAUAGUAAGCAAAAGUGACACACUAAUUCAAAUCAACAUGGCUUCUACUACGAUCAAACUCUUAAUGCUGUUGGAAAUUGCUUUCCUAGCAUCGGUUUGUGUCUGUUCUACAUCCGAUCAAGAGAAUCCUUUUAUCAUUAAGUCUAAUAAGUUUCAAACUCUUUAUGAGAACGAGAAUGGUUACAUUCGUCUCCUCCAAAGAUUUGAUAAACGUUCUAAAAUAUUUGAAAAUCUUCAAAGCUAUCGUCUUUUGGAAUAUAAGUCCAAACCUCGUACUCUUUUACUUCCACAGUUCAGUAAUGCUGACUCCGUCCUUGUAGUCCUUAGUGGAAAAGCCAUCAUCACAGUGUUGAAUCGCAAUGAUCGAAACUCUUUCAAUCUUGAACGUGGCGAUACCAUCAAACUCCCUGCUGGCACCAUUACUUAUUUGGCUAAUCGAGAUGAUAAUGAGGAUCUUAGAGUAUUAAAUCUCGACAUCCCAGUAAAUAGACUCAGUCAAUUGCAGUCUUUCUUAUUAUCUGGAACUCAAAACCAACCGUCAUUUCUAUCCGAGUUCAGCAAGAACAUUCUAGAGGCUGCUUUCAAUACGGAUUACGAGGAGAUAGAAAGGGUUCUUUUAGAAGAGCAGGAACAAGAGCCACAACACCGAAGGAGCCUUAGGGACAGGAGACAAGAGAUCCGCGAAGAAGAUGUAAUAGUAAAAAUAUCAAGGGAACAAAUUGAGGAACUUGGCAGAAAUGCAAAGUCUAGCUCCCAAAAAAGUGUAUCAUCGGAAUCUGAACCAUUCAACUUGAGAAGUCGCAAUCCUAUCUAUUCCAACAAGUAUGGCAAAUUCUUUGAGAUCACCCCAGAAAAAAAUCCACAACUUCAAGACUUGGACAUAUUUGUCAAGUCUGUGGAUAUUAAGGAGGGAUCUUUAUUGUUGCCAAACUACAAUUCAAGAGCCAUUGUGAUAGUAACGGUUAAUGAAGGAAAAGGAGAUUUUGAACUCGUGGGUCAAAGAAAUGAGAACCAAAAAGAGAAGAGAGAAGAAGGUGAUGAGGAAGAAAGGCAAGAAGAAGAGGAGAUAAGUAAACAAGUGCAAAGGUACAAAGCUAGGUUUUCUCCAGGUGAUGUUUUUGUAAUUCCAUCGGGUCACCCAGUUGCCAUAAAUGCCUCCUCGAAUCUCAACCUAAUUGGAUUUGGAAUCAAUGCCGAGAACAACGAAAGAUACUUCCUUGCAGGUGAGGAGGACAAUGUCAUAAGCCAAAUACAGAGGCCAGUGAAAGAGCUUGCAUUUCCUGGAUCUUCUAGGGAGGUUGACAGACUCCUAAAGAAUCAAAAGCAAUCUUACUUUGCAAAUGCUCAACCUCUACAAAGAGAGUAAGGAAGCCAUCAAAUAAGGAAUCAUCUAUCUUGUAAUAAGUAAUAAAUAUUAUGCAUGUAUGCUAUAAAGAGCUAUAGUUCAUAGUAAGCAGAGGAUGAAAUGUCAUUCUCUUGUAGCUAUAACUCGAGUUCCAGUUUUCUAUUAUGAAUAAAUAAACCAAGAAUAAAUUUUGAACCUCCUCUUAA